UCUUCUCUUUUUCCUGCCUUUGGUAAGCACUCGAAGAUUAGGGUUUUGUUGCUGCAUUCGGGUUGGAAAACCUAGCCGGAGAUAUUCUUUCCACCGAUGGAGCACGGUGGCGAUGGCCACGGCGGAGGCGCCGGAGGUGGAGGGUUCCACCGCAACGAGGCGAUAUCGGCCGUCCAGGACGAGGAGCAGUUCUACGGGGAGGACGACGACUACGACGACCUCUACAGCGACGUCAACGUUGGCGACGGGUUCCACCAGAACUUCCAGGGUGGCGAUGACGCGGAGGGUUUUCAGGCCGGGGACGAGCGGCGGAGCGAACCCCAACCGCCGCCGCCCCCACCGUUGCCUAUACCGGCGCCGCAGCAGCCGGUGGCAGAGACGUCCGAGAGGGUCCAGAUCCCGGGCAUCGCCGGGGAGCCGAAGAUCGAGCGGGUUGCUGAUAGAUCCGCCGGUUUCCAGGACCCGGGGUUCAGGGGAGGCGCCGAGCCGACGGUUGGGGUCAGACAGGCGGCACCGCUACCUCCACCGCCGAUGCCGGUGGUGACGGGUGCAGGUAGGACUGACCUAGGCCAGGCUUCCGGUAGUUUUAGCCAGAUCCAGAGCAAUAAUCGGAACAAUAGCUUCCCAAAUGAGGGCUUUCAGAGACAAGGAGGUGGCUUUGGGAACGAGGGUUUCCAGAGGCAAGGAGGUGGUGGAAGCGUAGUUGUACCUGCAGGUAACGCGAAUGGUGGAGGGGACGCAGGUGGCGGUGGCGGAGCUGGAGCAGGGGUUGGUGGGACUACACUUUUCGUUGGUGAACUCCAUUGGUGGACGACUGAUGCAGAUCUUGAAGAAGAACUCUGCAAAUAUGGGCAGGUAAAAGAAGUGAAAUUUUUUGAUGAGAGGGCGAGCGGAAAAUCAAAAGGAUACUGUCAGGUUGACUUCUAUGAUUCAAUGGCUGCAUCUGCCUGCAUGGACGGUAUGAAUGGGCAUAUUUUCAAUGGAAGACCUUGCGUUGUUGCUUUGGCUUCACCGUACACUGUUCGGCGAAUGGGUGAGAACCAAGUGAACAAGAACCAGCAGGCAAUGGGCCAGUCCCAGCCGCCAGCACCUGCACAGAAGGGUAGGGGAGGUAGCGGGUCUUCAGCUGGUGGCAAUUUUGGACGUGGAGGAGGUGUCGGCGGUGGCAGUGGUGGAAAUUGGGGAAAAGGUGGUGGAAUGGGGAACCGAGGGCAAAUGGGUAAUAUGAGGAACAGAAUGGGUCCCCUCGGUGGAAGGGGUAUCAUGGGUAAUGGUGGGAUGGUUGCCCCACCACCGCCUGUGUUGCAUCCUGGAGCUAUGCUCGGUCAAGGGUUUGAUCCCAUGGGCUAUGGAGCAGCAAUGGGUAGAAUGGGUGCUGGCUUUGGAGGCUUCCCUGCAGGUGCUGCUGGUGCUCCUUUUCCUGGAAUGAUGCCUUCGUUCCCACCUGUUGUGGCUCCACAUGUCAAUCCAGCUUUUUUUGGGAGGGGACUGGCACCUGGUGGCGUUGGUAUGUGGUCUGAUCCGAACAUGGGUGGAUGGGGAGGUGAAGAUCAGUCAAGCUAUGGGGAGGAUGCUACCUCAGAUCAGCAGUAUGGAGAAGGGAGCCAUGGGAAGGAUAGGAUGGCUGAGAGGGAUCGUUAUGGUGCUCCAGAGAGAAGACAUGAAAAGGAGAAAGAUAUGGGUUCUGGACAGGAGUGGCCAGAGAGAAGACACCGUGAUGAGAAGGAGAGAGAGACAGGGAGAGAUAAGGAACCGGGCCGGGAGAGGGACAGAGAGCGUGAAAGGGAGAGGGACAGGGAAAGAGACAGGGAAAGGGAGCGGGAACUUGAUCGUGAACGUGACAGGUAUCGAGAUGACAGAGACAGACAUGGUGAUCACUAUAGACACAGGGAUCGUGAGCCAGAGCGUGAUGAUGACUGGGCUAGAGGAAGAUCAUCUAGGCCUCGCAGCAAGUCACACGAGGUUGAACAUUCAAAGAGGCGUCGGCCAUCACAUGAAUGAUUUAGGUCCUUUGCAGCUUUCUCAAAACAGGAAGAUGUUAUCAAGAUGAAUCAUAUGUUUCAGUAGCUGCUUUUACUUCAAGUUCAAGAUACUUCUGGUUGAGAAUUCCUGCAAGGGCCCUGCUUAGUCAUCUGACUGAAGAAAGUUUGGGUUCCUGGUGCCAUCUAGAAUGGAAGUCCUGUUUCACUCUUUUUCAGCCUUGGGUUCGAGCAAAUAGGUUAGUUUUCAAGCCAUUUGCUCUCUGAUCAAGCCUUCAGUUGUACCUUUCCCAGUUGGAGUUACAGUUGCUGCAGUCCUUAGGGAAAGUAGUUUUCAAGCUUUGUUAGUAUGACUACAAAUUCUUUUCAUAUCUUCUUUAUAAAUAUAGUCAAUUUCUCCAUUUAAUGGAACCUCUUUGUCAACUUAUUAAUAGCAUUAUUGUCAAAUACCCUACAUGACCACCCUGAACGCAUCAAGAAUCCUGAUAUUUCCAUCAAAUAUUUCUCAAGAUGUGACAAUGUUAACAGACAAGUACUGUAACUCAUGGUGGUGUUCACUAUGCUCUCAAACUUUAUACAUGUGCUAGGUAUAUGGGUGACCAACUUGGACUUGUAUACUUAGGACUGCAGGCACAACAUAUAUGAAAAUGCACUAAAGUACUACCAUGCAUGGCUGAAGUGUGCACCUAGCUUUGCAAGACUGAUUAGUCCCUAUCUGUUCCAGCCAAUCCAAAUUCUCAUUUGUUGUCUCUGGCCCUAACACAUUUAUAGAGAAUCAGGGGGAGAAGUAUUGACCAAAUUCCAAGGAAUCCUGACUGAUACCGGCCAACAGUUGAUCUUUUCAGUCCCAAUGGUCCCAUCAGUUGCUUCCAAUCAGUAAUUUUACUUGUUUCCAGUUGGUCCCAAUGAUCUUGAUAAACCCAACUGACACCUGAAUGAUCCCAACCUAUGAGUAUGUUACACACAACAAUAACAUCCUAUCUUACAUAUGCUCUUUAGGCUAUUACUGGUUUUUUGAAGUGCUAUUGGGAAUGAUUCAAGAUGUUCCUUAUGUUUUUUUGGUUAGUUUGGAUUGUGGGGAGUCAUUUUUUUUCAGUUGAUUAAUUGUUAGAUACUUGUAUAUUAGUUAUUAGUUAUUAUUUUUAAGUUGUCCAAAAUCUGGAUUGAUUAGUUUCAAGUGUAUUCUAUUUCAUUAUAACUGUAGUGCUAGGCCACUCAAAACCCCAUAGAAACAUUGUAAAGGCUUAGGGGAACCCAAUUGUGUUAUCGUGAACUAAUGUGACCAGCCCCUUCAUUGUGCUGGUUGAACAAAUAUAAUCAUCUUAUUUUCUUUAUUACUUUUCUCUUUCUUCACAGCUAGCAGUCACCUGUAACUCACUCAUGCAACCCACAUAUCUUGUCUAUGGCUCGCUAUAACCACCGCAUAUCUGAUUUGCAAGUUUUUCUCAUCUAUUUGUAUCUUCUGCAACCAAUGAAAAUUAUCUAAAUUCUUUUGAUUUCUUCAAGUUAUCUUUGAUGUCGACUAUUUGUUCUUUAAAAAGAACAAGGAUCUUGGUAUUAGAAUCAUUGUGUGUCCUUGGGUCUAUUGGAUGUUUCUCCAAGUUUGUUUGGUUUUUUCUGUUGUCGCCUUGUUAUGAAGCAUUAAUGGUUAUGUAGCUAGUUCACCGAAAUAGAACAAAAGGGUCUUUCCUAGAGAUGUCGUGUGUACUGGGUCUGCCUGGCCUGGUACGGUUUGGGGUAGGCAUGACAGUAUGACACUGUUGCUGCCAUGCUGCCUUCAGCCCAAAUUUUAUUUGGGCCGAGUCACACCGGACUAGAAAUUCAGAUCCUUGGCCUAUCAUGGCUUGUGGCCUGUAGCCUAUCCAAAAAAUGAAAACAAUAUAAACAAAUUGGUAUUUAUUUGAAGUUGAGAACUCACUAUACAUUCUGGCUUCUAGGUUCACUAACCUGCUAACUGUAUUUAUAAAAAUCAGAAAGCCAUCGGGGCAUUUCUCCUGGCAAAAUGUCUCCAAUGCGUAAGUCAUAAUUGAUCAAAAAUUAAAAAUACAUGUAGAUUAGAGUUAAAAUCCAUACCUACAGAAUGUCUAGUUGUUGCCCAUGGAUUUGUUCCGGUCCCUGACGCUCACCCUGAUUGAUUCUGUAUCUCAUCCUUGAAUCAUGCAAAUGGCAUUAUUAUAAUUUUGUUCCGGUAAACAAAAUUGCAUUCCUGAUUUUCUCUGUAGACAUAAUGAUUCAUAAUCCAUCUUGUUCACAUCAUGCACAUUUAAUAUUAAAAAACCUAAUUAAUGAUUUUGAUUGUUGAAUGAGAAUGUUUACAGUACCAUUAUUACUAAAUACAUUUUUUAAUAUAAAAGAUAGCCAUAUAGCCUGCAUCAGGUCUGCAGCCUGCUAGUCCCACUACAGUAGCAAGAUUGUCAUGCCAAACCUGCCCUAAAUCAUGAUGAACUUAGGCCGUUUAUAGAUUGGAUCGAGCAUAUUAUACUUGUAAUCAUUUCAUGUAACUACACAAGGUACAUAGAGCAAGCUAUAUGUAUAACCAUACAGGGUCAUCCUCGUACACCUGUUCCCAUCAUCAAAUACAUACACAGACAUUUAUAUAUGUUGAUCCCAAGUUAUUCUUAGUUGCUUACUCAUAGGAAUAAAAAGAAAAAGGAUGGCACGAUACAUGAAUCCCCUACCAUUCUGGGUUCUAAUUACGGAGCUACAAAUGAGUGGCAAAAAAAUUCCUUAGGUUGCUGAAAUGGGGAGAGUUAACUUAGAAAGCAAUUCUAAGAUUUGAGUUGGUUGCAUAGUAAUGUUAUCUAUGAUACUGGUUAAUUCCUUGAACCAUCAGUCUUAUCUUUAACAUGAAACUCUGGUUUGAUCCUGUACUUGGUAGCUUGAUCUGGAUGCAACUUCUAACUUUCUCACUCGUUUGUGCAUGUAAACUUAUUCCAUCAACUUGGUUCUUUGAAAUCCUUGAUGAAUCCUAGGAUAGAAUUUCAUGCAAUAUCCUUGCCUUUUUAGUUUUCUGAUAGAAUUUUAUGUUCAAAUACAUGUUGACUCUAUGUAGUUCUAUGU